UAUAAUCGCAUUUCAGUAUUAUAUUAUACAUUGGCUAUACCAUAAGAUUGAGAUGAAAGCAAGAACAUUAAACUUUAUGGUAGUAUUUAAAAUGGACCCACCUCAUCCUCGUUCAUCACCAAGACACUCUAUAUAAACCACUUAACCUAAGCUUUCUAUUCACAUAAAAAAACUUUAAAAAAUCCCUGUAACGAUGGGAUCUCCAUUGCUCUUUCUCAUAACACUAUUAUGCUUUAUUCAGUCACUCUUUGUUGUUUCCCACAACCUAUCAAAGUCUUCAACCAUCUGCAAAACGACGCCGGAUCCAAAAUACUGCAAAACAGUUUUCCCACACAGUCAAGGCAACGUUCAGCAAUAUGGCCGUUUCUCAAUCCGCAAAUCGCUGUCACAAUCACGUAAGUUCAUCCGCACGGUCGAUAGACACCUAAAACGCAACGCUCAUGUAUCUCCACCCGCCGUUACUAGAGCUCUCCAAGACUGCCGUUUCCUAGCCGGUCUAACCAUGGAUUAUCUCCUAACGUCGUUUGAAACCGUCAACGACACGUCAGCAUCCUUGAAAACGUUGUCAUUUCCAAAGGCCGACGAUGUCCAGACGCUUCUCUCCGCGGCGUUAACUAACGAGCAGACGUGCCUCGAGGGACUUACCACAGCCGCUUCGUCCUCCGCCACGUGGACGGUGCGCAACGGCGUGGCUCUGCCUCUCGUCAACGACACGAAGCUCUUCAGCGUCUCACUCGCUCUCUUCACUAAAGGAUGGGUCCCAAAAAAGAAGAAACGAGCCGGGUUUGCUUGGGCUCACCCGAGAUCCGGAACGUCCACUCACACCAAACCGUUCCGUCUGUUCAGAAACGGAGCCCUGCCGUUAAAAAUGACGGAACGAACCAAAGCCGUUUACGAAUCUCUCAGCAGGAGAAAACUGGCCGACGGUGAUAGUAACGGUGACGGAGACGACGGAAGCAUGGUUUUGAUAAGCGAUAUCGUCACCGUGAUUCAAGACGGAACGGGGAACUUCACCAACAUCACGGCGGCCGUGGCGGCCGCUCCGAAUAACACCGACGGGAGCGGCGGGUUCUUCUUGAUUUACGUGACGGCGGGGAUAUACGAAGAAUACGUUUCGAUCGCGAAGAACAAAAGGUACGUGAUGAUGAUCGGCGACGGGAUAAAUCAGACGGUGGUCACGGGGAACAGAAGCGUCGUCGACGGUUGGACAACUUUUAACUCGGCCACCUUUGCUGUGACAGCACCGAACUUCGUUGCGGUGAACAUGACUUUCCAGAACACGGCCGGACCGGAGAAGCACCAGGCGGUUGCGUUACGGAGUGGUGCAGAUUUCUCAAUCUUCUAUAGUUGUAGUUUCGAGGCCUACCAAGAUACGCUCUACACGCAUUCUCUAAGACAGUUUUAUAGAGAAUGCGAUGUCUAUGGAACGGUCGAUUUUAUAUUUGGAAACGCCGCUGUUGUGUUUCAGAAUUGCAAUCUAUAUCCGAGAAAACCGAUGCCCAACCAGUUCAGCGCAAUCACCGCACAAGGCCGGUCUGAUCCGAACCAGAAUACUGGUACGUCGAUCCAAAACUGUACGAUUAAACCAGCGGAUGAUCUUGUUUUUAGUAACUAUACGGUUGAAACGUAUUUGGGUCGACCGUGGAAGAAUUAUUCACGGACGGUUAUCAUGGAAUCGUAUAUUGAUGGUUUUGUCGAACCGGUUGGAUGGAGAGAAUGGAACGGCGAUUUCGCAUUGAGUACGUUAUACUACGCUGAGUAUAACAAUAUAGGACCUGGUUCAAACACUACAAACCGAGUGACAUGGCCCGGUUAUCACGUGAUUAAUUCGACUGAUGCAGCUAAUUUCACAGUCACUGGUUUAUUUCUCGAAGAUGAUUGGAUUUGGAAGACCGGAGUGCCUUACAUCAGCGGUUUGAUUUCAUAAUACUACAUUUUUGUUACUUGCUCUUAGUUAUUUCGUUUUUUAAUUACUUAAUUUAAAGAAAGAAACUGUAUUCUUUGUGUUGGAAUUGUAACAAACCGAAAACAAAGCUCAACGCCAAAGAAAUGUAGAGCCUUGUAAUGUAGCAUAAAUGCUAAAACAUAAAUCAUUUAACAUCAAAUCUCGACCGUGCAUUUCUUCAUGGACCGAUCAGAACGUCACUCAAUCUAUUAAGUAGUUCCCAUGUUUUUUACUUAUAAAUAAAGCACAUAGACAUCCAAAACCAACUUGUAAAGAGAUUGAAGAACACGACUUACACGACAAAACGAGACAAGAAUCCAAGAGAGCACACGACGUUAAUUAGAAAAAAUGUCCAUAUUCUUCCUGUCACUCUUUCUUUUUGCCACUUCUUUGUAUGUUUCCUGCACAAACCUAACAGCUUACGAUGUUGUCCAAAAAUACAAGUUACCACGAGGAAUACUACCAGAAGGUGUCAUUGACUACGACCUAAACCACAAAACUGGCUUUUUCAAAGUCUAUUUCAACAACACGUGUCGGUUCCCAAUCGAGGGAUACAAGGUCAAGUACCAACCUAUUGUCUCUGGCUUCAUAAAAAACGGACGGAUCAGUAGGCUGAUGGGCGUAAGCGUCAAAUUGCUUUACUUCUGGCUCAGCAUCGGGGAGGUGACUAGUGACGGCCAGGAACUCGAACUCUCAGUUGGUGCUGCUUCGGAAGAAUUCUCGGUGCAUCAUUUCGACAGGAGCCCACAGUGUGGUUGUGGGUUUUAUUGUCGUGAGCUCAAAUUUUCCUUCUAAAGCUAAUGGGCCUCCAAGUUGUUAUGAAUAAAAUAAAUAAAUAACCACUUUACCUAAUAGAUUAGACUAAAACUCGAGUGGUUUGUGGUGCUAUGGAUUGGUGAAUGAAUAAAUUGCAGUACUAAAACUUUAUCCA